GCAGGGGGCGGGGCCGCGCGCAGAGGGCGGGGAGGUGGGCAAGAUGGCGGCUGGCGAGUGAUUCUCUUCGGAUCCCUACUGCCGGAGCGGAGACACCGGGGCGGGGGUCCUGCCGCCGCUACCUCCCUUCCUCCUCUCCCCCGCCCCCGGAGCCUUCCUCCUUCCGUUUCCCCCUCCACCUCGGGGGGCGGGCCUGGUUCCCGGGACACCAUGUCGGACUCUGAGGAGGAGAGCCAGGACCGGCAACUGAAAAUCGUCGUGCUGGGGGACGGCGCCUCCGGGAAGACCUCCUUAGCUACAUGUUUUGCUCAAGAAACUUUUGGGAAACGGUACAAACAAACUAUAGGACUGGAUUUCUUUCUGAGAAGGAUAACAUUGCCAGGAAACUUGAAUGUUACCCUUCAAAUUUGGGAUAUAGGAGGGCAGACAAUAGGAGGCAAAAUGUUGGAUAAAUAUAUCUAUGGAGCACAGGGAGUCCUCUUGGUAUAUGAUAUUACAAAUUAUCAAAGCUUUGAGAAUUUAGAAGAUUGGUAUACUGUGGUGAAGAAAGUGAGCGAGGAGUCAGAAACUCAGCCACUGGUUGCCUUGGUAGGCAAUAAAAUUGAUUUGGAACAUAUGAGAACAAUAAAACCUGAAAAACACUUACGGUUUUGCCAGGAAAAUGGUUUUAGUAGCCACUUUGUCUCAGCCAAGACAGGAGACUCUGUCUUCCUGUGCUUUCAGAAAGUUGCUGCUGAAAUCCUUGGGAUCAAAUUAAACAAAGCGGAAAUAGAACAGUCACAGGGCCACUUCAUUAUUUUCAUUUCAUCAACUAAUAGCAGAGAAUAAUUGAAUGUACUUUGUGGCUCUUAAAAUAAAGGUUGGUAUUUUGUAGGUAACAUUUUCUCUAAAAACACCAAUAAAUGGGUUUUAAAUAAGCUGACUACAGUGAAACCACCUACCGUGAAGUUUAUGACAUGGAAAUUAUGUUUUUCUAAUCAUAGAAAGUGAAAUUUGGAAUCUGUAGAACCUUGGUUAUGGGUUACAGUUCGGAAACACUUUACAAAGCUUUAUGUCAAAGAGUCAAAGCCCCUGAGAGUGAUGCUGUCUUGUUAAUUCUUCAUUAAUUUGAUGAAAAUUAAUAAUGAAAUCCAAGUCAUUUACGUUAGUCAGUUCUUGGACCAAAAUGUCUCGAGCACAGGACAGUAACCUGGUUGUGUUUCUAGGAUAAGACUUAAACCAACAUUUUGUUGGAUUAACGAGUUGCUUACUCAUUAUGAAAAUCCCAUCUCUUCAUUGUAACCCAUAGUUUGGCAUGAAACAAUUAGGUUUGGGGAGGUUAGAUAAUGGUAUACAAUAUUUCACUGAUGUACCCCCCACUCAUACCUCAUUUGGCAGUUGGUAAUGCUUGUGUUGAUAGCAUCAGGUGGAGUGCCUAGUAAAUCAUGAGUCUUGUCCAAAAGUUAAUGCUGCUUAUUGCUAGAGAACUUAAGCAGAAGCCACCCAAGGCUAAUAUGUUCGUAUGCCUCAGCAUCCUAUUCAUUUACUCUCAAUUGUUUGUAGAAUCUUUAUUUAUAAAUGUAAUCACAGAUAGCAGCUCAUAUUAAGAUGCCUUUCUGUCUAUCUUAGUAAAUUAAUAGAUGCUAUUAUGAAGGAUGAGUGUCCUGAAAUAAGAUAUUUGUAAUCACAUGGAUAGCGAGGAUAGUUUUAAAUCUAAAAUAUUUGGGUAGCAUGUUAUCUCUGUCAUACAUAUUUGUCACAUGUGGUCUUUUUAUCCUAAGGGUAAUAGCAGUUACGAAUAUAACAAGGUAAAAACAAAUCGUUUCUUAUUUAGUAAAACUCUUAGAUAUUUGAAAGCAGCAGUUGUUGUACUUAAAUAUUGUACCUUGUGAAUUUUUUUUACGUGACCUACAACUGCAUUUUGAAUUUGUUUGUUUCUGUAUGGAAUUUGGAAGUAUGGAGGUUAGGAUUGGGAGGAAUGGGGGAGUGAGCAUCACAAGGAAGUCUUGGACAAGUAAUAAAUAGUAUUACAUAUAAAAAUUGUAAAUGGCAUAUGGCUUCAGCUCUGAUGUCUUCAUUCCUCUCCUCACAUUCAAAGAUAAUUAAUUACUCCUUCCUCUGUGUUCCCACAGCAUGUUAUAAGUCCACUAGUUAAGUGUUUAACUUGUAUGGCAAUUAGUUGUAUAUGUGUUUCUCUUUCCAUUGGGUCCUCAGCAACUUGUGAAUAGAUUCUGUGUAAGUCGCCCAUACAUUCGCAGUAUAGAGUGACUGGCACAUAGUAUAUCUUCAGUAAAUCUUGUUAAUGGAAAUUGAAUUAAUCCUUUUAUUGCACUUUAACAUAGAAAAACCUCAUAAUUCUUCAUAGUCGUCUGAAAUUCUGGGCAUUAUAUAUGUUAUAUAUGAUUGUGUUAUCAAAAAUGGAACUUACAGUUUGGGAAGUUCAGUGGUCAUAUCUAUUUCAGUAAUCAAAUAGAAUUACAAAGAAUAAUGUUUCUUGGGCCUUUGUUCCUUUCCUUUUCUUUCCUUUUGUAUGUGUACAUUCUGCUGUUUGUGUGUGUGUGUGUGUGUGACAUGUUUACAUUUAUAUGUUAAUUUUAUGUUUCUGCUUUGGUGUUUCUUUCUAUAUUCAGUCAUUGAACAUACUAUGCAUUUUGUCUUUUUUUUUUUUUUAAUUCUUUAUUCUUUGUCUCAUUUAUGUUGUAUGGAAUUGACAGCAUAUUGUCAGGGCAGAAAUAGUGAAGUACCCGGAAGAAGAUAAUCAACAUACCAGCUCUGCUCAGAGUAGAAUCUGUUCAGUACAGUAGUGCAGGUAUUAAGGGAUAAAUUAUUACAGUUUGGGGAGGUGGGAAGGGAAAAACAGUGAAUGCUAUCUUGUUCUUUAUUCCUUAUGAAUAGGGAAGUUCAGAUGAUUAUUGUACAUUAUUGGAAAUUAAUAUCACGUCCAAGUCUUGAUUUAGAACUAAAAAAUUGGUCCUCUGCCAGGCGACAUGAAUUAAGAAAUUGGGAACAAAUUAAAAUAACAUUUCAGUUACUUUUAAACAUAUUUGUCUUUAUGGUUGUGUUUAUUACAUGUGCAGUGAAGUGGAGAAUUGAGGCAGUUAUUUCAUUAUUCAUUCCUUACCAUUUUUCCUGAAAUAGCUUGGUAAUUGAAAGAGUAUUUUUAAAAUUUGCCUUGAAUUGCCCUUCUUUGUCUGCUUGUGUGUGCAGACUUUGUAGAGUUGAAAACAGUAAAGGAUUUGUUUUAAAGUAUUAGAGAUGAAUAUUAAGCAUAUUGCUAAAUGUAUCAUUUUAGAUAUUCCUUGAAGUGUGUGUUAGAGGGAAGGAGGGAAGAGUUAAAAGUAUCUUUUGGUUUAAAUUAUUUUACAAACGAAUAUGAAGUAAUUUUCUAAAUUUUUAAUUAUACUGUAUUUUGUUAGAGUUGUAUUCAUAACCAAUAGUGAGCCAUUUGGAAAUAAAUUAGGGAUUUUGGAGGAAAGUUUUAGAAAUUGGAAAAGAUUUAAAAAUGGGUUGCUCAGAAUAUUUCUGCUUUAUAUCUGAAUCCUCUUUAACAUUUAAAUGUCUUCUUACAAACUCACAAACUGCUGUAAACAUUCAAUGAAAAGGUAUCGCUAAAUAUAAUGGCUUAUGGAAAUAUUAAUCAAUAAUGUUAUUUUUUACUUUGAAAUGAUGAGUUCUUUUCUAUGAUUUAAAAUAUAUGUGAAUGAUUCAUUUAAAUUAUUUUGCUCUAAAUUAUUAUCAGGGUUUAAUUUUUCCUUAUUGAUUUGUCAACUUUUCAUUAGACUUAUGAUAGCCUCAAGUUAAAUGUCAUAAAACCAGGGACAACUCCAUAGCUGAGUUGCCAUUCUCUUCUUGAAAACAAAAAAAACAAAAAACACUUUAAUUGGUUUGUCUGGCUUAUUCUUUUAAUAUCAACUCCUGCUUCAUUUGUGGUGUCCAUCAUCAGAAGCUCAGCAGAGUUCAGAAAAUAAAAAUAUACUUUAAGGAGCUCUUUCUAAAUGUUCUGAUGUCCUGAUAAUAACUCUGUUUUCUUU